CGUCACCCCCCAUCCGCAGCGGGACAAGGGGAAUCUCGAUUGGCAACUCCGACAGUUAGCCAAACAGCACCGCUACGACACACCCAUUACUACCACCCACACUCCUCUAUCUCUCUCCCUAUAUUGUGGGCAGUCCUUCAGUCUACCAUUCACCAAUAUAACACAUCGCGACCAUGGCGGAGCCCCCCAUUGUUCUCGAUGGAGGUACCGGUUUCCUGAAAGUCGGAUAUGCGGGUCAGAACUUCCCCGAACACCAGUUCCCCUCGAUAGUGGGGCGGCCGAUUCUCAGAUCAGAGGAGCAGGCUGGGGAUAUUAUCGUGAAGGAUAUUAUGUGUGGUGAUGAGGCUGCCGCUGCUAGAUCGAUGCUACAAAUCAGCUAUCCUAUGGAGAAUGGAAUUGUGAAGAAGUGGGAUGAUAUGCAACAUCUAUGGAACUAUACGUUUUACGAUAAAAUGAAAAUUGAUCCCACAGGCCGGAAGAUCCUCCUUACCGAACCUCCUAUGAACCCCCUUAAAAACAGAGAGCAGAUGUGCGAGGUGAUGUUUGAGGGUUACAACUUUGGAGGAGUAUAUGUUGCUAUACAGGCAGUUUUGGCCCUCUAUGCGCAAGGCCUCAGUAGUGGUGUUGUAGUUGAUUCAGGCGACGGCGUCACACACAUCGUUCCGGUAUAUGAGUCCACAGUGCUAAACCACCUAACGCGCCGUCUAGACGUUGCUGGCCGCGAUGUUACACGCAACCUCAUCGCCCUCCUCCUCCGCCGCGGCUACGCACUUAACCGUACCGCUGACUUCGAGACCGUGCGCCAAAUCAAAGAGAAGCUCUGCUACGUAUCCUACGACCUGGAGCUUGACCAGCGCCUUUCAGAAGACACAACCGUGCUAGUGGAAUCAUAUACCCUCCCAGAUGGCAGAGUGAUCAGAGUUGGUAGUGAGCGGUUUGAAGCGCCCGAGUGUCUUUUCCAGCCGCAUCUUGUUGAUGUCGAGCAACCUGGCAUCGCAGAAUUCUUAUUCAACACCAUCCAGGCUGCGGAUGUUGAUGUGAGGAGUAGCUUGUAUAAGGCUAUUGUUCUCAGCGGAGGUAGCAGCAUGUAUCCCGGUCUGCCAUCAAGACUUGAAAAGGAACUGAAACAACUCUGGUUGACAAGGGUGCUGCAAGGGAACCCGGAGAGACUAAAUAAAUUCAAAGUCCGCAUCGAAGAUCCGCCUCGAAGAAGACACAUGGUCUUCCUUGGCGGUGCCGUCCUCGCAAACCUUCUCGCAGACAAAGACAACAUGUGGAUCUCCAAAGAAGAAUGGCAAGAACAAGGCCCCGGUGCCCUCACCAAGCUUGGCCCAAGAUAGUUCUACUUACCCAAUACUAUUUUGCUUUCUUCUUUUCCCCCACUUGGCAAAUAACUACAUCUUGAGCGCAUGGCUACAAUACAAUAAAAUUUGCUACGUACAGUAGAGUAGGGCAUGAAUAGUGACACUCUCCUGCCCGUCUCGCCUCCAUUUUUUUUUUUUUUUUUUUUUUUUUGGUCCUCAAACUACCCCUUUCUUUUCAAAUCACCCCAUUCACGAACCCUACAUUCUGUAGAUCAUAUAGUUCGCGCGAGACAUAUCCUCCAUCGACCCGCCCACCCACAAUUUAUUCGUUGCGUCUUUUUGUCCCUACGGCACACAUUCGUUCGCGGAGGGGUCUUGCUACAAUAAGUUCGCUGUCCAGAUUUAGAGCGCGUAUAUUUCUUUUCUCUCCUCUGUUAUUUAUUUAACUCCAUUUUGCUUCACUUAGCGAGUUCCGAGAGCUGCUUGUAGCGUACGAUAUAGGUUAUUAGUUAAGCUACACUUCGUAUCUUCAAAACAAGGAACGAAUGCAUCCACAGGGACCUCGCAGAGGUCCGCUCUCCCCCUGUAACACUUAAUAUACUACACACCAAAACUAAAAUGAAGUAGAAACGCAAUGCAGAUGAAAUGGCUCUAAAUUAGUUAACGACGUAUGCUCCCUACGAAUAUAUCUUUCAUACAUACAUAUAUCUAAAACAGCGAACCACGCCAUCCACCCAUCUAUAUCUAAAGAUCUAUCACCAAACAAAUUC